AUGAAGCUCGUCCGCUUCUUGAUGCGUCUCGCGAACGAGACGCUCGUGAUUGAGCUGAAGAACGGGACGGUGAUUCACGGAACUGUUGUUGGAGUCGACAUCAGCAUGAACACGCACCUGAAGAACGUGAAGAUGACGCUGAAGCACGCGAACCCGGUGUCAAUGGAGCACCUCACGAUUCGCGGCAACAACAUCCGCUACUUCAUUCUUCCCGACUCCCUCCCCCUCGACACUCUCCUCAUCGACGACACUCCGCUCCAGCGUCCCGCGCGCGAAGCUGGACGCCCGCUGCAGAGAGUUCGCGGCCGCGGCAGAGGCCGUGCCGGCUUUCGCCCCCGCGGCCUCCCUGGGCGGAGGUAA